GCCCUUUUUUGCGCUGCGGUGGCGGGGCUAUCGCGCGUCGUCAUGCGUCAUUCGUAAAAUGUGGCUCGUCUGUGAGGAUAGCUGUCCAAAUGGACGGUGAUAGCUACCUACCUGGCCUACCUUGGUACUCUUCUUACUUUCUGUUUCUCCCGCAGUUCCUCUUCGUUCUUUGUGUAGACAUUCUGUGGAAUGGGCUGACGUGACAGCUGAAACGUAUUUGUGUCCACAAUUGCGGUGGCUACCAUCCAGCUGUGUCAUACCUUGUGCUGAUGGGCUGUCAUUUGUUUCAUCCUUAAAAACCCCGUCACAUCGGUAACUACCUGCCUGCUUCAAGCUCGAGGUUCUCUUGUAUCUGUUGAGUCUUUGCGUGCCAGACCAGAAGCCAGACUGGCGGGACAUCGGAAUUCCCUCGCUCACGAGAUUGCUGCGAAGAAUAGCCCUUGCCGAGCAGAAGCAGAGGCGCAUCGAAGCCCGCAUUCGCAAUGGCCGCUGUAGACGCUACGCUGCGGAAGAAGGUAUUGAAGGUCAUUUUCGUGUCCUUGCUCUUGGAUCUGAUCUCUUUCACCUUCAUUCUGCCACUCUUCCCGAAGCUCCUCGAAUUCUACCGCAACAGCGAAGCCGGUCCUGGCUCGCGCACUACCGUUCUUGCUCGCAUUCUCGACGGCCUGAAUGCCUACAAGUCCUCUUUCUCCCGGCCAAUCGACUCGAGGUAUGACAUCGUGUUGUUAGGUGGCGCCCUCGGCAGUCUUUUUUCCCUAUUACAGGCCAUUGCGUCUCCUGUCAUUGGACACCUCUCCGACAAAUAUGGAAGGCGCACGGCGCUCCUCGCCAGCAUGGCCGGAAACAUCUUGUCCGUACUUCUCUGGGUCAUGGCUGUCGACUUCAGGACCUUCUUGGCAUCGCGCAUUGUUGGUGGAUUGUCCGAGGGCAACGUACAGCUAGCGACCGCCAUUGCAGCCGACAUAUCAGACGAGAAUAGCCGCGGUUCGACCAUGGCUCUGAUUGGCGCAUGCUUCUCUAUCGCGUUCACAUUCGGACCAGCUCUUGGCGCAUACCUAAGCUCUAUCGAAAUGGUUGCGGCAAACCCCUUCGCUACAGCUGCCGCGGUAUCGCUGUCGCUCAUUGUUACCGAGACACUCUACUUGUAUUUUACUCUCCCGGAAACCCUACCGGCAAAGACAGAGAAGACUGGUGCGGCGAAACAGACUGCUGCAUCAGCGCCUCCGUCGACUCGAACAAAUUCCCAUACUUUGCUCAACGGUGUACACUUCUUAUUUCUACUCUUUUUCUCCGGCAUGGAGUUUUCUCUGCCAUUCAUGACUUACGAUCUCUUCCAAUAUACAUCCGCCAAGAACGGACGACUGCUCGGCUAUAUUGGUCUUGUGGCGUCGAUUUUGCAAGGAGGUGUGACACGUCGCUUGCCGCCGCUUUCCACCGUGCGUAUUGGAGUGGGCGCAUGCUUAAUCGCAUUCGCGAUUCUUACACGUACGUCUACAGUCCGGUCCCUCUAUGUAGCCGCGACAUGUCUAGCGACGACGUCGGCCACAGUUGUAAGCGGCCUGAAUGCACUGGCUAGUUUUGAGGCGGCUGCUAGCGAACGUGGUGGAAAGCUGGGAAUUCUGCGAAGCUGGGGUCAACUGGGCCGGGGCUUAGGACCGAUUUUGUUUACUAGCGUGUAUUGGUGGGCUGGAAGGGAAUUGGCAUAUACCAUGGGCUCUAUCGGGCUAUUGGUUGUGUCAAUACUGGUCUUCGCGGGACUCAAAGCGCCUCCCGGCUCUACGAAAAGGAGCGUGGGUUCGAACAAAAAGGAUCUGUAACAUUGGAGUUUUGGUGCUGUUGGAUGAUGUACAUUAUAAUAUUUUGAACGUUCGAUAUAUCAAUAAACUCAAGACUUGCUGUACAUGCAUAAUUACUUAAA